AUGAUCUUAACAGUUUAUCUCACAGAUUCAUGUAUCGAAGAGCGCGAUGAGGUAGGUUGUCCCCUCCUCCCCACGGCUCAGCUUCACCUUGAAGCCAGCCAGGAGGCGACGCCACCCCGCGCGUCAGAGCCUCGGCCCGUCGAGCGCGUGGCCCCCACAACGCCUCGGCCGUUAGGCGAGCGUUUCCGAAGGACCGCUCUUGCAGAUGCAUCACCCGCCAACUACAGGGCCAAGGCGAGGGCCUUGGAAUGGCGGUCUCAAAACGCAGGUGACGCUGGUCUCGACCACGCUCUCGUCGACGAAGCAGGUGCCCUACCUUCCCCUUCGGAAAGGAAGGCCAUCGCCGCCGGCCUUUACAGUAACAAGGCUGCUUCUCUCGCGAGGGGCACGCUCAAAGAGCCCUACACGUAUCACGUCGACUUUAGUGAUGAGGAAAUCGAGUAUGUACGGCAGCAGGCUCGGGCCUUUGUCACCCUUCCGCGGCCGCCUAAGAACCCGGUACGCGAACUGGCAAAGAUUCUGAGGCGGAUGCCCGAGAUUGUCAAACUGUUGCCAAAAGAAAUCGAGUUGCAGGGCCCGGUAAGCGGGCGAGAUGAGAGAGAUCUGUACUGGUUCUUGGCGGAUGUCAACCAGCGCAGCGUCGCCUCGAGGCCGAGGAUAUAUACCCUCCGGCGCAACACCUUUGACUCGGCGAGGCCCACGGCGCAUGCUUCGAGGGCCUCCUCUCUCCUAUUCAAGCGGGAGCUUGAGGGGCGGUCGCUGUUUGGCCGGAGAGGGAAUAUUGGGACCAUUAAGGAUGAGCUCAAUAGGGUGCGCGAGGACGGCAUGGAGUUGCGACAAGAAUGGACAGACUGCGCGGGCGAUAUUAUCACCAUCUCAUGGGUCUCCGACACCAAUUUCAUCUGCGGCACGACGGAACAUUCCGACUCCCAUAAUCAGCAGCCCAACGUGGCCAGCGGGGAGAACUCGACAGAGGAAAUGCGCCAGAGCCAAGACCCAUGGCUCUACGCCUCCGUGGUCUCGUCCGACUACGAUAGGCAUUACGAUCUCGGCUACACCUCGAGCUUUGACCAUACCGUCAAGGUGUGGAAGGUCGACGAGUCGGGCAGCUCUAUGACGGCGCUAGGAACGUGGCAACACGGCGCAAAAACGUCUCCUCGAGCCGCUAUCGGCGCAGAUGAUAACGACAUCCCCGAGGAUAAGAGGAAUACGGGCGUCAUGAGAAUGUUCAAUUUCAUGACGGGCAACGAGGUUUCUCUUGGCAUUCCCAUGGCCCAAAAUGUGUUUGAAGUGAUGUGGCAUCCGACGCAGCCCAUCUUCGUCGUUGCUACGUCGGUGGGCAUGAACAAGGCCGAACACAACGUCCGCACCCAAGUUCGCGUCUUUGCCCUGUCAGACAGGGCCGGGAGCGCGAUCUCCGCCCUUCGGCCAGAGAACAAUGCCGCCACCAUGAGCUCCUCUGCCGAGUUCUACGGUUUCAUCCAGAUCCUGGAUUGCUACUCGCUCGACAUCAACGAGCUGACGAUUAAGCCGAAUAGCCCCGAGUGCUUCUACGUCACCGCCGCGGCGACGGACGGCAAAGUCUACGUGUGGGAUACCGCCCAGGGUAACAGACCGGUGCAUAUCCUCUGUCACGGAGAGCCCGUGGAGGAGUAUAGGGGUGACAGGGAAAGGGAGGACGUGGGCGUAAAAUUCACCGCCUGGGGCAGCACCGUCGACCGUUUAUACACGGGUGGUUCCGAUGGCGUGGUCAAGAUAUGGAACGUGCGCCACAAAGACCCCCUCGUCAGAGACCUCCUCGAAGUGCCUGGCCCAGUCUCGGCAGGGGCGUUUUCUCCAGAUUUUACAAAGCUCGCGAUCGGAGACGCGAGCGGGAGGGUCUACCUGCUCUCCGUGAGCAAGGGAGACGACAAACCUGGGUCCUUUAUCAAACUCCCCGGCAUCGAUGGCGGCCCGCCACGCUCCAUCCGCCGCCCCACGCCUUUCAUCCCCCACCCAGAGCCCCCACCCCCGAACGGCGCGCAGAUUCCCGACCGCUCGAGCCUAGGCGUUCUCCGCGCCCAGAGAUAUCUCGCCGAGGGCCAGCUCGUCAAGCACCCCAACCCGGUCCUGGGCGUGUUCCAGGGUCCCCAAUAUGCGUCGCUCAACUUGUACUGCCGCGAGGCGCACGAGGACGACGACCCAACCGCCCCGCUCGUCGGCUUCCUGCAGCGAAAUCAGCAGGAGAGCUCGUACCCGUCCGACGGCACCGGCUGGCUAAACAUGCGCGCGAAGCGCCUCUACGCCCAGCCCACGCAGCCCAAGUUCGACGCGGUGAGGCAGCAUAGGCAGAACCUCGCCUGCGAGCUAGACUGGCACGCGCUCGAGCCCGGGGCGAGAUCUGAGCUCGUGGCCUCGGGGGUGGAUGUCUGGAUGAUGGAAGAACUAGACUAUGCCCUCGAGUACGAGGCUGAAGAUGGGUUGGGGGACGAAGAUCCUAGCGAGGGAUAA